AGAUGGGAAUCCCUAGUCAGUUUGGUUGGAUGGAUUGGAUCGAUUGAGCUAGUGUCAAAUUUUAAUGGGCUCCAGUGGUAGCAAAAUUAUAAGUUCAACGAAAACGAUGGAUCCGAAGGUUCACAAAUUCAUCAAAUCUGCUAUAACUAAAGAUAAAGUUGUGAUUUUUUCAAAAACAUAUUGUCCGUACUGCAAAAUGGCUAAGGAGGUAUUCAGUAAAGUUAAUCAGCCCUUCGAAGUAGUUGAGUUGGAUCAGCAGGCUCAAGGUGACGCUAUCCAAGACAAUUUAGCGCUAAUGACUGGAUUCAGAACUGUGAGUAAUCAAAAUUUGCAACUUAAUCCUUUAUUGAGUAACAAUCCAGUAGUAUUAGAAUUUUCAAAACAGAAUCAGAACCGUGAGUAAUAAUAUAGCUAAAGAUAAGCUUACCGAGAGUUUUUAUAUUCUAUAUCAUUUGGCAUAGUGCAAAUCUGUAGUUACACAUAUUAUUUUUUACAGUGGCAAACUAAAUAGGUAACUCAAAUAUAAACGAUAGAUAUAUUUUUUAUAAAUAUAACAUCAAAAUUAUAACUAAUAGUAGUUUAUUGUGUAAAAUAUGAAUAUUAUGAUGAAAUUAUCUACAUAUAUUUUUUUGUGGUUUUUUAUAUUUCCUCUUUCAAUAAAUACCUUGUGGUUUACAUAAUAAUUAGGCUUAUGAUGAAUAUUCUGUUAAUGUUCAGCAUACUCUGCUGUUUUUUUUUUAUAUUGAUAAUUCGUAAAAUAAAAUAAAAAAAGAUUAAUUUUAUAAUAAUAUUUUUUUUUUAUAUUUCUUAUUAUCGUGAAGGUCAUUAGAACAGAUUAUACACAAUCUUCAUCUGUGUUUCAAAAUAUAAUGAUUUUUUAUGCAUUUCAAUUGUUGCUGUAAUCAAAGUUUAGAAGGGGAAGGUUAUGGUUUUUUGCUUCUGUUUAACGUCACUUAGUACCUUGAAUUUGUAUGCAGUGUUUACACCGACUAGCAACAGUUCCACAAACACAGCACCAUAUCACCAAAACUAUUAAUUGCAGACAUACUGUUACUUCUAUAUUAUAUCCCAGAUAUUAAUGGACUAUUUAUUUAUAAAAUUAAAAAAGUUGUCAACUAGCCUAUUAAUUUUUUAAUAAUUAAGUUUUAAUUUUCUAUAAUUAUGUUUUCAGGUGCCUCAAGUUUUCAUAAAUGGAACCUGUGUCGGAGGAGGUUCUGAUGUGAAAGCUUUAUAUGAAGCUGGAACACUGGAGUCCAUGUUAAUUGGUUAAAUUAUGACUGUUACAAACGAAUAUAAAUUAAUACAAUGUUACUUUAUACAUAUGAGCUUCUUAAAUUUAUAUAUGAAUUGGUUAUAAAAUAAAAAAAAUAUAUUUGCAAUAUAUAAUGCUAUGUUGAUAUGUAGCAUAAAAAUAUAUAUUUUUGUAAAGUAUAUUUCCAUGAUUCAAAAAUCUAUUACAUUUUGUUGGUUUAUGUUUCAAAUU